AUGUCGACACACGAAAUUACUUUGUAUCGGGGAACUUUUAUUCAUCUUCCUCGUUUGGAGGGUGGAUUGACUACUUCUAAGCCGAAGCUUAUUCGGAAUCGUGGUGCGUUGUGGGUAUCUACCCUUGAUGGUCGAAUCAAGGGGUUUGACUGGGAUGCUCAUGAUGAGAGUUCAUUUCGUGAAUUGAUGAAGAUUCACGGGUGGAUUGACAUUGAAGCGUCUCAGACGAAUGGGAAUGCAGACUAUGUGAAGGUGAAGAUUGUGACAAGCAACGAAGAAAGAAACGAAUUCUUCUUCCCAGGUUUCAUCGAUACCCAUAUUCAUGCACCUCAGUACCCAAAUGCAGGCCUCUUUGGCUCAACAACACUGUUGGACUGGUUAGAAACCUACACAUUCCCAGUUGAAUCGGGUUUCGGAAAAACAAACACAACUCCAUCAAACAAACCAGAAGAUGCACCACCCUCCGCACUUAGAGUGUACGACCAAGUCAUCGCGCGCACAUUAUCACACGGCACAACCUGCGCAUCAUACUUCGCUACCGUUCAUGUUCCAGCUACAAAUGCCCUAGCAGCACUGGCGCAUAAACGGGGUCAACGCGCAUUCAUCGGUCGCGUCUGUAUGGAUAACCCCUCUUUCUGUCCGGAGUACUACCGCGACGCAUCAGCUGAGGAUUCACUUGAAUCUACAAAGUCCACCAUCGAGUAUAUUCAUACUCUUGAUCCGAAGGGGAGCCUUAUAAAGCCGAUCGUUACGCCUAGAUUCGCACCGACGUGUUCUAGACCUUCGCUGAAGGCGUUAGGUUCGCUUGCUGCGUCUUAUAGCCCACCACUGCAUAUUCAGACGCAUAUAUCGGAGAAUACGAAUGAGGUUGCCCUUGUUAAAGAAUUGUUUCCCGAGUGUUCUAGUUAUGCGGGUGUAUACGAUGAAUAUAACCUGUUGACGGAACGGACCAUUCUUGCACAUGCUGUUCAUCUCACGCCAGAGGAACGACAACUCAUUCAGAAGCAAAAGGCCAAGGUAUCGCAUUGUCCUGCUUCAAACUCUGCGCUUGGAUCUGGAAUCGCUCUUGUGAGAACUAUGCUUCAAGAAGGAAUCACAGUUGGUCUCGGUACAGAUGUCAGCGGUGGGUAUAGCUCUAGUAUCCUCGAAGCAGUGAGACAGGCAUGUCUUUCCUCGCGGUUGGUGGGGCAUACUACGAAGUUUGCGAACGACAAACCUCUGGGUGAAGUGUCAGAAAAACUUUCUGUAGAGGAGAGUCUUUAUCUUGCUACGAGAGGUGGGGCGGAUGUUGUUUGUAUGGGUGAUGAUCUUGGGGGAUUUGAUAAUGGGAUGAUUUUUGAUGCGCAGUUGAUUCAGUUGGGUGGUGUUUGUGAGGAUGUGGUGUCUUUGGAUGGUAAUGGUAAUGGUGAAUGUGGGGAUGGAUUGAAGGUUCGGGCUGGACCGGCUGGUAAUGUUGAUAUCUUUGGGACGGAGACGUGGGAGGAAAAGAUUCAGAAGUGGGUUUGGAGUGGUGAUGAUCGGAAUGUCAAGGCUGUUUGGGUUGCUGGGAGGAUGGUGCAUGAGCGGGUUUGA